AUGCAGACUCUAACGAUUGUUGCUGCACUCGUUGCUUUUAUAGGCUUUGCGUUCUUCAGUCUGCUGAAUGCAGCCCGGUCAUCACAUCCUUGGAAGACAAAGGCAUCUGAGCCACCUGGACCUGCUCUUGUGCCAUGGAUUGGCCGAAUUCACGAUCUGCCCAUCCAACUGAUGUGGCUCAAGUUCAAAGAAUGGGCUGACCAAUAUGGACCUAUCUACCGCACGAAGAUGUUAGGCGCGACCUUCAUUAUCAUCAGCGACGAGAAGAUCGCAGAAGACCUUCUCGUCAAACGCGCAAAGGUCUUCUCCGAUCGGCCUGAGAUGAAGUCACUCUUCGAUUCAAAAAGCACAACUGGAACGAUGGAGUAUUUACCCUUGAUGGGCAAGAAUGAGUACUGGGCUCGCCAGCGGAAGUUCACACAUUCUUACUUGACCGAAGCAACUAACGCUCGUUAUUACGGAAUCAUGAAUCACGAGACCAAGCGCUGGCUCAAGCGACUCCUAGACGACCCGGACAACUUCGGCUUUCAACUCGAAGACAUGGCUUCUAAGGUCAUGUGCCAACUGACAUGGGACGAUGACAGUCUUUCAGAGGCCAUGACUCCCAGCGCUUGGGGCUUGCUCACGCAGAUGAGCCCAGCAGGACCGAUCACCAACGUCAUCACACCUCUCUGGGACUACCUACCAGAAACAAUCAAUCCUUGGAAGAGAACGGAACGCAAGAGACACGAUGAGCAGCAGCGAUGGUGGAUGGACAACCUUGUUAACGUCCGAACGAAGCUUGCCAAAGGUCUUGCUCGCCCGUCCUUCACGCGAACGUACCUCGAAGGUCUUCAGAAUGGAAAGACUGGAGGCCUGUCCGGCGACUACGAAGCAUCUUCUGCGAUUGGCAUGAUGGCACUCGUCGGCGUCUUCACUGUCGCAGGACCGUUGUACUACUUUUUGCUUGCUAUGGUCUACCACCCCGAAUGGCAGCGAAAGUGCCAGAGAGAGAUCGACGAGGUUUGCAAAGGACAGAUGCCCGACAUCUCGGAUAUGCCAAAUCUGCCAGUCCUUCGCGCUUGCAUCAAGGAGACAAUGCGCUGGCGACCGAACGUCCCAACUGGCGUUGCGCACGAAGCAGAGGCGGACGACUUCUAUGAGGGUUGGCUAAUUCCCAAGGGCGCCCGUAUCCUGCCUCUUGAUUUCGCAUUCAUGCGCAACCCCGAGAAAUACCCAGAUCCAGAAGCCUACAGACCAGAGCGAUGGCUCGAAGCUGGCUGGCCCACAUUUAAAGAACCGUUGACCCAAUACCCCACAAUCAUGGGCAUGAGCUCUUUUGGAUACGGUCAAAGACAAUGUCUUGGUCAAUCCGUGACGCGCGAUGAGACUUUGGUUGCAUGCGGAGGUCUUCUUUGGGGCUACAAUCUCAAGAAGAAACUCGACAGCAACGGCAUUGAAAUAAACCCUCCGCUCGACAAGAGCAAUUCGCUCCUCAUCGUCAAACCCGACCCUUUCGAAAUGGCUUUCGAACCACGAAGCGACAGCCGACGAGACGAGAUCCUUCAGAACUGGAAGAAAACCGACCUUGAAGACAGGACCGCGCGCGCCGCCUUCAUCUCCAAAGCAACGGAGUCGGAAAAAGCUUCGGCGGUGCCUUGUCGCGUAGAUUCUAUGGAUCCUGCGAAUGACUACUUCAAGGUCCAACACGCCACAGUCGCGGCCACGGCUUGA